AAAAAAUAUGCAGGACCUGACAGCAUAUCGACCGCAUCUGCCGUCGACUGGCACUACAAGAGUUGCUCAUUGAACGCGGUUGUUGCCGACUGACGGGGUUCAUGGCCUGCGGCUGUUUUCGACUGACGAAGCUUGUGAAUCCGACUGUCGUCGACUGAUGAGGCCUAUGGUUUGCGGCUGUCGUCGACUGUCAGAUACCUUCAAGAAGCACGAAGCGCGACUGUGGUCGACCGGCAAGCAAACAGUUCCAAUGGCACAAACAAUUCUCGCAUUAAUGAUCGUCUCGAUCACCUCAAACACCUUUUUUCCUCCUUCCAUUCUUUGUUCCCGCCGAUCACUUGAAUAUCAAACGACGCAGCAUCAAAACUUUAGCCGGUCUGGCUCACAAAGCAUCCCACCAUCAUUAUUAGACAGAACUUGUCGACGAGAGAAAAUGGCCGGAAACAACCACUCGCACGCGGACAAGCGAGACAGCGAUGCUGGCAACAUGGACCCCAGCCUAAUCGACCCCGAACUGAUGAGGCUGGUGGAUGAAGCUGUGAGGGAACAGACCAGCAACUCCAUCGCUGGUCCCGUUGCCGCGGCGCUGGAUGCCGCUAGCGCCGAAAAUGCCGUGACAAACGAGGCCACGCUGGCCAAGCCCACCGCUGCCGAGGCCACCAUCGCCGACGAUGCCAACACUGGCCAUGUGGCCAUCGCCGAGCAGCCGAGCACCGCCCAGCGCAGCACCUGUCAAGGUGUCGUCGCCGCCGCCCCUGCCGUCAAGCCCGCUCAGGCUGCCAGCGCCCUGCAGCCCGCCGGCCCGUUGCCUCCCCUGCCAAUUUUCGACGAUGCUACCCAGGCACAGCUCAACACUCUCGUGGCUCGACUGCCCCAGGCUCUCUUACCCGGGGCUGCGUCCCGCCGGCCAUGGCUGCCGGAGGAAGACGACCUACUGAUGUUUCUCUCGGAUCGCCGCGUUUCUCACAGACUGAUCUCAGCGCACUACCUCGGUAGGCUCGGCAGGACCUUCUUCGCUUGCGAGACGCGCGCGUCCAUUAUCCGGAGGAACAGGCGGGCUGCGGCCAACAGCAGCGGCAGUGCCCAAUCCGAUGGACGGCCUUGGAAAUGCUCCCGAAGGAAAAACGGAGAGAGGAGCGGCUUACGCUAGGGGCUUGACACGAGAAACAUUGGGGGUUCUUGAUUUCGGUAGCUGGGGAUAUUAGGGCGCAAUCGGGUUGCUGGGACCGGUUUACUCUAUCCAUGAAAGAUUUGUUGGGAGCUGAGGUACUGUGAGAUUUAGUGGUGAACUGGUCCCAGGGCUGCUGCGGAGCUUGUCCCCCGGAUACUGCAGCCCACACCCGACCUCAAUCAACUCACAACAGUGUUUGUCACAGAGCCCCUAUGAUGGCUCACUGUUCAGGUGUAAAAGCAGCGACUGGCCAGUUCGUUUACCAGAUGCAGUGAGACCCAAGUCUCGAAUCCACGUACUAUGGUUGUUGCGCUGUUGAAGUACUAGGCACUAGCGAACCAAGGUUGAGGCUAUUGACGCGAGGUCUUCCGACAUGCUUCAAGGUCCAGAAAUAAUAGAGGGC